AUGGCAGCACCACUUGACUCUGCUUGGAAGAUUAUUCCAACCUUUGAAUCACAAUCAAUACAAAAGACUAUCGAAUUUUAUGUCGAUUUCCUUGGUUUUGAGCUGGGUGGAGUAAAGCCUGAGGAUGGACAUCCUUCCGAGUACAACUUCUGCUCAGUUUUUGCGGGCGAACGAGCUGCGGCGAAUAUCUGCUUCUUCAAGUCGAAGGAUGAUUCCGUCAGACCAUGCUCCGCCUAUAUCGCUCUGGGCACCGAGCAGCUAGACAUGCUGUACAAUACUAUCAAGGUUAAGAGGAGCGAUGUGAUACAGGACGCUGUUCAGGAUCAGCCGUGGGGUUAUCGGCAGUUUGCUAUCACGGAUCCUGACGGGAACACGUUGACCUUUUUCAGAUUCCUAGAGGGUGGGAAUCCCGGUGAGGAGUAG